AUUUUUUUCCCCUUAAUCCAAUAAAAGUAGAAAAGUAUUUUCCAUUCUCAAGUAACGGGGAAGCUACAGCUUCUAUCAUUUUCUUUGCCAUUCCAUGAGGCUAAGCUUCACAAUUGGCCAUGGCGUCCCAAAAUUCUCUCUCUUCCUUAGACCCACUCUUUCUCGCCAUCUCCAUCGACCCAUUUACUCUUCUUCAACACUACCAUCACCCACUUCCCAAAACCCUCAAACCCCACUCUUUCUUAGACCACCCACGCACAGAGCAACCUUCUCCGACCUCCGAAAAUGGCAGAAUUGGGCCAAGACUCUUGCUUUAUCUGUUGGGUCUUCCUUUGUGGACAUGGACAAUGGUCCAGACUCCACCCUGUUGUGCAGAGAGCUCAAAUGGCUCAUAGAGGAUGUAACUGAAGAUGGGUCAAUUUCUGAAACUCUUCAUAACGAAGAACCAGAGAGAACUGUGCGAUUGAGGGUCGGUUUGGAAGAGCUUUACAAGCUAUGGAAGCAGAGGAUAGAAGAGAGGAGGCCAUUUCAGUAUAUUGUUGGGUGUGAGCAUUGGAGGGACUUAAUUUUGUGUGUGCAAGAAGGGGUUUUGAUUCCAAGGCCUGAGACUGAAAAGAUUGUUGAUUUGGUGGGUGAUUUAUUUUCAGAUAACCAAGGAUUGAGAGAGGGAUUGUGGGCAGAUUUGGGGACUGGAAGUGGUGCAAUUGCUAUUGGAAUUGGUAUGAUUCUGAGGAACAGUGGAAGAGUUAUUGCCACAGAUUUAAGCCUUCUAGCUCUUGAGGUGGCAACUUUUAAUGUGCAGAGGUAUGGUUUACAGGUUAGUGCUGGAAGAGGAAAGAAAAGAGCUGUUUUUCUCUUUUCUGAUGUAAUUCAGUUGAGGCAAGGAUCUUGGUUUGAACCUUUGAAGGAUGUGGAAGGGAAACUUGCAGGUAUUGUAAGUAAUCCACCAUAUAUUCCAAGUGACCAUAUUUCUGGGCUACAAGCUGAAGUUGGCAGACACGAACCGAGAUUGGCUUUGGAUGGUGGUGUUAUUGGCAUGAACGAUCUUUUACAUCUUUGUAAAGGAGCUGCUUCUAUGUUGCAUUCUGGUGGAUUCUUUGUUUUUGAGACAAACGGCGAACAGCAAUGCAAGUUUCUGGUUGAGUACAUGGAAACUGAAGCUGGAGACAACUUUUACAAUGUGAACAUAGUUCCUGAUUUUGCUGGAGUUCCCAGAUUUGUAACUGGCUUUAGGAAAUGAUUUAAUAUUAUUUUGAAUGUCUGUGAACGCAUAUCUGUAAGUAGGUCCUGAUUUUGUUUGGAUUUCCCGAUUUGUAACUGGCUUUAGGAAAUGAUUAAUAUUAUUUUGAAUGUCUCUGAUUGCAUUUCUGCAAGUAAUAUAGAGGAAGAAACCAGAAAAUUUUGAGA